AUGAACCUGCCGACUACAGUGCUGCUGCUGCCGCUGCUUGUUACUUCCUACUGGCUGCCUUGCCUUCCAAUUGGCAUUCACGAUGGCCGAUUUGUGCGCUCCAGCAUUGAUGCCCGUCUUGUUGCUUCAACCUUGAUUUCAGUCAUUCUCUCCUCUCGCUGCUCUCUAUCGCGGCUCAGUCUGAUUCCGGAUCCGAAUUACAGACAACCACUGCACGGAACGGAGACGGGACUUGAUCGACUUGAGACGAGACCAAGCCGACCCAAUCACCAGCCGGGAGAGCCUCACAAACUUGCCUGCACCCUUCGGCCGCGGCCAACGCAGCAUGGCGAGACAAAAAGAAACGGGACGACAGCUUCCACAGCCGCCAUACGCGCAUCGUUGCCUUCUCUUCCCUUGCCCCCAGCGUCCAUGCAGGGAGCGUUUCCCCUCGAUGUGAGCCUCGAGCUCCAGCCUCCAGAGUCCAACCUCGCAGUGUCCGGCCCCGAGGCCUAG